AUGGGAGUCUCGAAGGGUCAGCGAGACGACGCCGUGGCGAUCCUCCUCCUCGUGGAGGACCACGAGGCCCACGACGUGGGAGGCCGCGGUCUGGACGUCAAGACGCGCGUCCGCUGGGCCUGGGAAGCAGCGCGAAAGUCCGGCGUGAAGCUUCGGUUCCUGUCCGUGAACGUCUCGGAAAACACGCUCAAUGGGAAGCACGGUCUCCAACUCCAACCGGAGGUGGGUCCGAUACUCGUCGAGCUCCUACGGCGUGCUCGGAUGGGUGCUGAGAGGCUCCUCCCGCGCUUGGCGAAGACCUGGGCCAAGGACGCCCCGAAGACCAUGAGAGGAAACAUCCAAGCCAAGCUGGGCAGCUACGGCGAGGUGAUGCAUAAGCGCAUGCACGCCGUCGAAGGUCCCCGCGCAGCCGCUGGUGGAGCGAAGGACACGAACAUGGUGCAAAGUGCAUGCAGCCUCUGGAUGAAGGACUCUGGCAGCGCCGGCAGGGCUGCUGAGGCCAUGCUUGUAGCCGCGGUCUUUGCCACAGACUUGUCGGUGAAGGCGGGUGUGCCGGUCCUGGUGCUCGGCCGACCCCCCGGCCACCACGCCACCUGCGGCCACGACCUUCGGCUCGGCGACACCUGGCGGGCUCCCUGCGGACAGCUUCCAGGUGCAAGCCUCGGCGGUGGCUGCUUCUACCCCUCAGUGUGGCUCGCAGCGCUGCACAGUCUCCGUAAGGGCCAUGCAAAGCGACUGGCGUAUGUCGACAUCGACGCGCACAUGCCCGACGGAGUUUGGAAGGAGGUCGAUCACUUCUCAAAGCUUAAGAAGGAUCAGCGCGACUUCCUCAUUGGCAAGCGCAACUCCUGCACAGGUAUCCUGUUUUCUUCCAUCCACAUCGAUGGCUAUCCGAACCAGGGCUCCAGCUGGCACUCGGUGAAGCAGAACCUGAAGAGGUCCUUCGAGGUUCGCGUAAGGGACACCCUUCUGCCGCGGAGUGUUACACAAGGCACGGCGAGCAGCGCCAACCAAGGGCUGAUCACAAGAUAUCAGCGGUGGUGCAACACUCUCGACAAGGAGAUGACGAGCUUCCAGCCCGAUGGGCUCUUCGUGGGGCUGGGCUUUGACCUUCACCAGAAGGAGGCCGAGAUUUCGGACAAGAAGGUCGGCCGUGGGAUCUCCAGGCCUCACUACGAGAGCUUCUUUGCCAACUUCACCAGGCUGCCGGAGAAAGCCCCGAUGGUUCUCAUGCUCGAAGGCGGCUACACCAAGCAAGGUGUGGAGGAUGGGAUCCUUGGCACUCUUCAAGGCCUCAAGGUCCUGGCUCAGAGGAAGGGCGCGAAGAAGAGGCAGCAAAGCCAACCCCACAAUCACAAGGCCUCGAAAAAACGGCGCACCGCUUGA